AUGGAUAAAGAAGACAAAGGCAAACAAUUUAGCAUAGGAAGAGGCAAUAUUCUUUUAAAACUUAUGAAAGAAAAAGAGAAAUCUGAAAAUAUAACUGUAUCACAAACUACAUUGGAUACAAGUACUACUUCUAAUAUUCCUCCGUUAAUUGAAAUUUCAUCAAGUUCUACAAUAGGACUAGGAAGAGCUACUUUAUUAAAUAAAUUAAAAGCAAUAAAAUCUACUACUGAAGUACCAGAUCCUAAACCAAUACAAAUAGAUGGACAAGGUAGAGGGUCAUUACUUAGUAGACUUAAAGCUGUUAGUUUGAGUGCAAAACCAUCUGAACAACCAAGUAUUUCUAUACAAUCUUCUAAUGAUGCUGGAGUAUUAGGUAAAUUAUCUGAUAUUACAAAACAAGAAACUAAACAGUUAUCUGAAUUACCACAUUCAACAUCUCAACCAAAACAUACACAAGGAACUGGGGGAAAGCCAAUACAAUUAAGUGGCAACUAUAUAAAUCUCAAGGUAGAUCCUAACAAAGGAUUAUUCAGUUAUGAAAUUAAAUUUCAUCCUGACAUUGAUUCCAGACCACUUCGUAGGAAACUUCUUAAUCAACAUUUACAAUCACUUGGACGAACAAAAGUAUUUGAUGGUGCAAUACUCUUUCUUCCAAAAAAAUUGGAGGAAAAUAUAACUAUUUUCGAAUCUACACAUCCUAUGGAUGGAUCCACAGUCAAGUUAACAUUAAUAUAUAAAAAGCAGCAAGAUAUGUCCGGAAAUAUUCUAUUUUUCAAUGUUUUACUCGGACGUGUAAUGCGCGCUCUUAGUUUAGUUCGCAUAGGUCAACAUAGUUUUAAUCCAAAGGGAAUACAAUCUAUACCGCAACAUAAAUUGGAAGUAUGGCCAGGUUAUGUCACAGCUAUUAGCUCAUAUAAUACUGGUUUGAAAUUACGCAUAGAUGCACGUCACCGUGUUAUACGUACAGAAACAGUACGUGAUUUAAUGGUUGCAUUGGGUCGAAAACCACAGUUUAAAGCUGCUGUUGUAAGAGAAUUAAUUGGAUUAUCUGUCCUUACAAGAUAUAAUAAUAGGACUUACCGUAUUGAUGAUAUUGCAUGGGAUAAAAAUCCAACACAUAUAUUUGAUAGAGGAACUGACAAAAUAUCUAUAAUAGAUUACUAUAAAUAUAAUUGGAAUCUAGAUAUAAAAGAUAAAGAACAACCACUUUUAGUUAAUUGCGCUAAAAAGAAAUUAUCUUCUGGUGAAACACAAGAACAACUGAUAUUUUUAGUUCCUGAAUUAUGUUAUGUAGCAAGUUUAAGUGAUAGUAUUCGUACAGAUUUUAGAGUAAUGAAGGAUCUUGAUGCAUUGACUAAACUAACUCCUAAUGCCCGACAUAAUGUAAUUAGACAUUUUAUAGAAGAAGUAAAAAAUAAUGAUGUACCAAGAGAAAUAUUAGCUGAAUGGGGUUUAGAAUUGGAGUCUGAUAUAGUAGAAUUUUCAGGCAGAGUUCUUGAUCAUGAGACUAUUUACUUUGGUAAGAAUGUGAAGUUUCUACCUCCACCUGAUAAGCCUGCAGAAUGGAGUUCUGCAGUGUGUAGGAAUACUCUAUUGAGGGCUGUGAAUUUAAAUUGCUGGUGUAUUUUACAUUGUCAAAAAGAUACAAGAUGUACACUUGAGUUUAUCACUAUGUUAAGAAAGGUUGGAAAAGUCAUGGGUAUUAUUGUUAAAGAACCACAAGUAAUUUGCUUAAGAGAUGAUAAAAUUGAAACAUAUGUACAAACAUUAAGAAAUAAUAUUAAGGAUAUAGUUAAUUUAAUGGUCAUUAUAUUUCCUACAAGCAGAACUGAUAGAUUUUCCGCAGUAAAAAGAGUAUGCUGUGUAGAAAUGCCUAUACCAUCCCAAGUAAUCAUGUCCAGGACAAUUUCUCGUGGUGAUAAAUUAAAAAGCAUAACAGAAAAAAUUGCAUUACAAAUUAAUUGUAAGCUGGGAGGAGCACUUUGGGCAUUACCUAUACCUAUGGAAAAUUGUAUGAUAUGUGGAAUAGAUGUAUAUCAUGCUGGCAUUGGUAGUUCAAUGAAAUGUAGUGUUGCAGGAUUUGUAGCAAGUUUAGAUAAACUAUUAACAAGUUGGUACAGUAAGGUUUGCCUGCAAGGCAGACAUCAAGAAUUAAUAGAUAUGCUGCAAAUGUGUUUCAUUUCAGCAAUAAAAGCUUACUACAAACGUAAUAAACGUUACCCAGAUCGUAUUAUCGUAUAUCGAGAUGGCGUUGGUGAUGGACAAUUAGAUACUGUUAGUAAAUACGAAGUGAAACAACUAUUAACAACACUUGAAACUAUAGAACCCAGUUAUCAACCAACAUUAACUGUAAUAGUAGUUCAAAAACGAAUUAGUACACGGUUAUUUGAAAAAUUUAAUACAGGACUAAGGAACCCUCCACCAGGGACAGUUGUGGAUUCUUAUAUAACAAAACCUAAUCUCUAUGACUUCUUUUUAAUUUCUCAGAAUAUACGUCAAGGUACAGUAUCUCCAAUUCAUUAUAUUGUCAUUUAUGACAAUAAAAAUAUGAAUCCAGAGCAUGUACAACGCCUCACAUACAAGCUCUGUCAUUUAUAUUAUAAUUGGUCUGGUACUAUAAAAAUUCCUGCUCCAUGUCAAUAUGCACAUAAACUUGUUUAUCUUGUUGGUCAACAUAUACAACUAGAACCACAUCAAUCACUUUCAAAUAUGUUAUAUUACUUAUAA